UCCGUCGCCUAUGAUCAAGAUCCGGAAUCAAUUGCAACCCCCCAAAAAAUCCUAACAGACGGGGCCAGAGGAAGAAUGUCUUAUGGCUCCUUCAGAGGCCGCUCUCCACCACGUGUCCUCCAGCCUGGAGGGUGGGAAGGUCUGGGACGAGGAGCCCUUCACCCACGGCACCAGCGCUGCUCCAUGAUUGGUCAACCAGAGGCACAGUACAAGUGGGAUGUGCGAGGGACUCCAGGCCACCGAAUCUCCUACAACCAAUCACCCUACGAGCGUCCCAUCUGGAACCCCAAAUUCUGCGUCAUCUCCGGAAAUCAGCUUCUUAUGUUAGACGAGGAAGAGGUCCACCCCUUGUUGCUUCGGGAACGAAGGCACGAGCCUUCCUCGAGGACCAAACUGCUUCGGCGAACUGUCAGUGUCCCGGUGGAAGGGAGACACGCUGACCACGAGUAUCACCCAGGCAGGUCUUCACGGAGGAAGAGCAUUCCUGGAGGGAAACAGCUGAGUAUGGAUGCUGUGACAUCGGCUCCCUUCAGACCCACACAGGGAUUCCUAAGCCGGAGGCUGAAGGGCUCCAUCAAGAGGACCAAGAGUCAGCCCAAGUUGGACCGGACCAGCAGCUUCCGACACAUCCUGCCCCGGUUCCGCAGUGCUGACCACGACAGAACCCGUCUGAUGCAGAGCUUCAAGGAGUCACACUCACACGAGUCACUGCUGAGCCCCAGCAGUGCGGCCGAGGCGCUGGAGCUGAGCAUCGACGAGGAUGCCAUCAUCAAACCAGUCCACAGCAGCAUCCUGGGCCAGGAGUUCUGCUUCGAGGUGACCACUCCCUCGGGAACUAAGUGCUUUGCCUGUCGGUCAGGGGCCGAGCGAGACAAGUGGAUUGAGAACCUGCAGCGAGCGGUAAAGCCAAACAAGGACAACAGCCGACGGGUGGACAAUGUCCUGAAACUGUGGAUCAUUGAGGGCAAGGACCUGCCGCCUAAGAAGCGCUACUACUGCGAGCUGUGCCUGGACGAGAUGCUAUACGCCCGCACCACCAGCAAGAUGAAGACGGACAACGUCUUCUGGGGCGAGCACUUUGAGUUCAACAACCUGCCGUCUGUGCGCAACAUCCGAAUCCACCUGUAUAAGGACACGGACAAGAAGAAGAAGAAGGACAAGAGCAACUAUGUGGGGCUGGUCAACAUCCCCAUCAGCAGUGUGGCCAGCCGCCAGUUCGUGGAGCAGUGGUACCCCGUCAGCCAGCCCAGCUCCAGCCGCGGCAAGGCGGGGGGCCCCACCAUCCGCAUCAAGUCCCGCUACCAAACUAUGAACAUCCUGCCCAUGGAGCUGUACAAGGAGUUUGCCGAGUACGUCACCAACAACUACAAGAUGCUCUGCGCCGUACUCGAGCCCGUGCUCAGUGUCAAGAACAAGGAGGAGGUGGCAUGUGCCCUGGUGCACAUCCUGCAGAGCACGGGCAAGGCCAAGGACUUCCUCUCUGACAUGGCGAUGACGGAGGUUGACCGCUUUGUCGACCGUGAGCAUUUAAUAUUCCGUGAAAAUACGCUGGCAACCAAGGCGAUCGAAGAGUACUUAAAGUUGAUUGGUCAGAAAUACCUCAAGGACGCAAUUGGUAGGUUGGUGUACGUGACUGCUACACUCACUGCUACCGACACUCCAUUAACACAGGGGGAGUUUAUCCGAGCACUUUACGAAUCUGAGGAGAACUGCGAGGUAGACCCAGCCAAGUGUUCCUUUUCCACCUUGGCCGAUCAUCAGGCCAACCUGAGGAUGUGCUGCGAGCUGGCACUUUGCAAGAUCGUCAACUCCCAUUGCGUCUUUCCCCGUGAGCUGAAGGAAGUGUUUGCCUCCUGGAGGCACCGCUGUGCAGAACGUGGCAGAGAAGAUAUCGCUGACCGCCUGAUCAGUGCCUCCUUGUUCCUCCGCUUCCUAUGUCCCGCUAUCAUGUCUCCCAGCCUCUUCAACCUGAUGCAAGAGUAUCCAGAUGACCGUACCUCCAGGACCUUGACCCUGAUAGCAAAGGUCAUUCAAAACCUGGCCAACUUUACCAAGUUUGGCAGCAAAGAGGACUACAUGUCAUUCAUGAAUGAAUUUCUGGAGCUUGAGUGGGGCAGUAUGCAGCAGUUCCUGAUGGAGAUUUCCAAUCCGGAUACAGUCACCAAUGCAGCCAGCUUUGAAGGCUACAUAGACCUAGGCCGUGAACUCUCUACACUUCACUCCCUUCUGUGGGAGGUGCUGCCUCAGCUGAGCAAGGAAGCUGUGCUGAAAUUAGGUCCCCUUCCUCGCCUCCUCAAUGACAUAAGUGGUGCUCUGAGAAACCCUUCACAUGUACAAAGGCAGUCCAGCCACAUCGCAGAACGCUACACCUCUGGGCCCAGCAUCAACCGGGGCGUGUCAUCUGACCUUCAGAAGUACACAGUUAAGGAUCUGAAUAGCUCAAUUGAUAUGACCAGGCUGCCUUCUCCAACCAAGGAAAAGGGAAAGGAUGUCUUCUACGUGACAAGGCCUCCACUCGCACGCUCCUCCCCGGCAUACUGCACGAGCAGCUCGGACAUCACUGAACCUGACCCUAAGAUGAUGACUACAAAUAAGAGCAUCUCCAUGAUGGACCUCCAGGACAGCAGGAGUAUGAAUAGCAUAAGCAAUCUUCAAACGGUUGGGGACAUGUUAAAUAGCAGCCAGGCCUCCAUCGGAACCACUGUGGGCCUCAGACCAAGCCGGCUGUCUCAGGGCAGCGGGUCAAGUGUGUCGGGAGGUCUGCGACUGGGUCAGAUGGGCAUCACCACAGACGGAUUGCACGGGCAGCUGAGGGUCCCCUUGUCCUUUCAGAACCCCCUGUUCAACAUGACCUCAGACGGACCUGCCUCACUACGGACUCCCGCUGAGCCUGGCGUCGGGCUCUUGGGUUACCAUGGCUACAGCAAGAGCGAAGACCUGUCUGCUAACAAGCAGAUCUUCCACAGCCACAGCUACAGCGACGAGUUCGCCCGCCAGAACAAUGAGUUCAGUCGCCGGCAGCUCUCCCUCACCGACAACCUGCAGCACAUGCUCUCGACGCCCCCGACCAAUAUUGGCCCCCAGAGGAGGAUAGACCAGCCGCCGCCUCCCCCUCCGCCUCUCGUACGGGGGAAGACGCAGCAGCUGACAGUCAGCGCGGCCCAGAGACCCCGGCCACCGAGUGCCAACUUACUGCAGUCACCCGCCGAGCCCGCCCACGCUCCCAAAGUGCGGCAGCAAUCAAUCAUGGCCAAAACUGAUGCCCCGGCUCCAAAACCCGCUAUUACCAAACAGGCCUCGCAUUCACCCUCGACGCUUCACCCCGUCACCCCAUCUGAGCGCACCGUUGCCUGGGUGACCAACAUGACUCACUUGUCUGCAGAUAUCGAGAGCUCGCAUCUGGAGCGGGAAGAGUACAAACUGAGGGAAUAUUCCAAAUCGAUGGAUGAGAGCAGACUCGACAAGGGGCAACAGACCCAGUAUGAGGAGGAGAUUCUUUCCCUGAAGGAAAGGCUGCAGAUGUCAAACCGCAAGCUGGAGGAGUACGAGCGGCGGCUGAUGUCACAGGAGGAGCAGACGGGGAAGAUCCUGCGGGAGUACCAGUCACGCCUGGAUGAGAGCGAGAACCGUCUACGCCGACAGCAGGAGGAGAAGGACAACCAGAUCAAAGGCAUCAUUAAUAGGUUAAUGGUAGUAGAAGACGAGUUGAGAAAAGAUCACGCCAACAUGCAGGAGGCCAUCGAUGCCAAGCAGCGGAUAAUCGACGUUCAGGAGAGGCAGCUCUCAACGAUGGGGGCCACCAACUCCCGGCUGAUGAGUACCCUAACUCACAUGAAAGACCGGUGCAGCGAGACCCAGCUGAAUGGCGUGAUGUCAUCGCACCCUCCGCCGCGCCUCCAGAUUACUGAAAAUGGCGAAUUCCGUAAUGCCAGCAACCACUGAUGCAAAGGGAAAGGGGGCUGGAGCAGGGGAAAGGGGGGGUGGAAGCAAAGUCAGGUGCAAGACAUCUCUCCUACCCCCUACUUAACUUCAUUUCUCCUCUCCCUUUCCUCCACUUUCCCCUGCUCAAGCACGCCCACAAUGGGAUGAAGCUGGCAAAACGGCAGAAAUGAGAACCAAUUUUAACUAUUAAUAAUUAUUUUAUAUCCUGUCGUCAUCCAUGCACGAACACUCCUGAGUUCAUUGGCUGUGGACAAUGCCUGGAUCUCGAUGCACUUAACGAGUGGUAUAUUUUUCAUUGCACUUUUUUACUUGUGCCGUGUUUAAAUGGCCUACUGUGUGAGAAAGAAAAGGAAAAUGUUUGAGAUAUAAAUAUAAAUAAUAUAUAAAUAAAUAUAACAAAAUUGUACAGUUCAUAAAAAUCUCUAGUUAUGUGGAGAGUGGGUUUGAUUGAAAUUUUCACUUACAAGGCUACUAAUUUCAUGCUUGGCUAAUGCUUAUCUUUGGUGCAAUUGGAAGGCAGUUGGUUCCACCAGUUCUGGUUACUCCGAUCCACCAGGAAGGAAGUGUGCAUUUCUCCAUUGACACAUACUCUCCUCCAGGAGAACUUGAGCCAAAUUCAGCAGUGCUAGUGAGACUCUUGAAGUCACCUGCCUUUUGUAAUUCACAUCAUCUCAAAUCUCUGAUGGAAAGAAACAGACCAGACAUCACUUAGUGGUUUACAGAUUUUGGAAGUGUCCCUCUAUAUUUGUCCUGAAAACCAGAGAUUAUACAUUCGUGCUAUAAUACACUGGUACAAAACAAAUAAGUUUUGUUUGGUUCAUUCACUUUAAAUGAAGGAUUUGCAUUUCUUAGCCUCAGGUCAUCCCCAAGUAGCUUGUUGAUAACUCGAUAGCUAUAAUGACCAGAUAACCUCUAUUUGUGAUAUUGGCUGGGGAUAAUUUGGCCUAGACAUCAGGGAAGUUAUUUCCUUUGGAAUUUUGCAAAGUAGUCUUUUACCAGAGAGGCUGGCUGGUGCCUUAGUUUCAUAUACUAUCUGAAAAAACUAGUUGCCACAGUGCAACACUCCCUCAGUAUUUUCUUCUUGUCAGGUUGUGGUGUUCUUGGAGUGGGAUCUGAACCUACAGCUUUAAGAUGUCUUACUUCCAGUUCUUUAUCUUAUUAGGCACCCUACCUCCUGCUGACCACAUGAGUUUAGAAUACCAAACUCCUGUAGGUCAUUUUAACAAGGCCAUCAACUUUGAUGGUCUCUCGGACUAAAAUUCCAAUGCUACAGGUUCUCAAAAUAAUUUUAAAAAUCUUGCUAGUUUCAAGCUCAAAUCCCAGAUCACUGAUUGUUUAAAGUUGAGAGCCCAAUUCCAGGUGAUUACUCAAACUAGAACUCAAUUCCUGGUUUCACAUUAUCACACCUGGUUUCUCCAACUACAAAACUAACCUGGAUAUUCUAACAGGAAGUUAAAUUUAUGUAGUUCUGCAAAAUGUCCAUAGACUUCUGAUUGGCACUUCAUCUAGAAUUCCAGUUUUGCCUAAUGUUUCAAUGAACUUUGAUUCUUGUCAUCCGAAAACCUAACGCUUGGUGCCUGCAUAUACAAGAUCAUAUCCUGUUGUUUUCUCCAGCUGGAUAUUCUGAUUCUGACAAUUAGAAGCAUAUGUCUUUCUAAUUCACCAAAAAGAAGAUUAACCUACAGUCUUUGAGAAUGCAGUUUUUCUCCUUUCUAUUUCUUGGAUGGAAAGCCAUGAAUCCUGUUGGUUUCCCAAGCUCAACGCCUUCACUUCUGUUGAUACUGAGGACCCAUAUCUCUGAAGCUCAGACAGCUAGUUGGAUUUUUGACUUAUGACUUAUGUAAACCCAAAGUUUGGACUACUGUUAGAUUCCGGGAUCAUAAGACUCAAUUUCACUUACACUUAAAGUAUAAAUUCAGUUGGUGUCCUGGAACUGAAGUGCCCUUUUCUGCGGGUCUAUUGGAUUUCUGGUGAACUAUCAGAACUGCUUGAUAUUAGGUUGCCGUCCACAUUAACUAAAUCUCCAGGAUGAGCUUUUAGAACCUUAGGGAAGUGAAUUAAAUGUUGCCUAGACAGCUAUUAUUGGUUUAGGUAAAAUUAAUCCAACAGUUUUCCAAAACGUAUAUACUUUCCAACAAUAUGGUGCCGAUUAUUGGUCAGUUGAUCAGGUUGGAUGCAAGUUAUCAACAUGAGGUUAGCAUGAAGUUAACUUGGAAGUGAAUAGAUGGUAUUGUGGUAGAAAAGUUUACUGGGAAGAGUGUGGGUUCAUUAUAGAUAUCCUAAGGGAAUGAAGUUGAUAAUAGUUGGGGCUAUGUGAUGUGCUGGGGUAGACAUUUGGUGGUUGCUGUAGAUCAUUGUUAGGUGAGAAACAGUUAAGUUAUUGAGAGGAGAUAAUUCUCAUAACUUAUUUCUGUCUUGUGAUGAAGAAAGAAUUGAUUAAUUUCAACAUAUUAUCUGUGACCUCAGAACAUCAUCCAAUAAAUUUUUUUUAAAAUCAUAGUCAGUUUCUCGAUCUGAGAAACAUGCUAGCCAAAUUUGAUAUAAAUUCAGAGAAUAAUUACAAUAAUGUUCUUCAAUAAGACCUAAUAAAAGCCCUGAGCCAUCCCCAAAAGGACAUGCUCAAUUCAUGGUCAACUUUCUAUUGUGUAUGCCUUAAAACCAGUAAAAUAUCCCAAAAUGCUUCACAAAACGUAUCCAACCAAAAUCUGAUACCAUGCUAAUGAAGGAAAGAGGAGCAGAAAGCUUAAAGGAAGUGGUUCCAAGCUGAAAGCACAAGAGUCAAUGAUGGGUUAAAGGAAAUUUGCUAUAUACAAGAGCCCAGAUGUGAAAGCAUAUAAAGAUAUUAACAAGUUUACAGACGUAAGAGUGGUGCCAUGAAGUGGAGCCAGGGAUCAGUAUAGGUCUCCUUAUCAGCAUGAGGAGAAGAGGGUGAUUGGGGAUUCUUCUUCUUCAAGAUGCAGACAGCAGUAAAAACACCAGAUGCUGGAAUCAGGACUGAUGCAAGGUCUCAACCUAAAACAUCAUCCAUCCCUUUGCCUUUACGGAUGCCACUUGACCUGCUGAGUUCCUUCAACAACUUGCUUCUUUGCUGCAGACAACAGUGCGCUACCAGUUUUUGGUGUUUCGGAGAAAGUGGGUUAUGGAUGUAUAUCAAGGACGUACAUGGGAUUCUUGUCCUAUUGCCCACCCCACCUCCGGGUUGCUGAUUGCACUGUAAAAGGAAAAAGCAAUAGAUAGUCUCCAUCCCUGGAUACAAAUGUCGAAUGCUCAAGGACAUUGCCUUAAGGUGAGAAUGGGGAAAAGUUUAAAGGAGAAAUGCAAGGCAAGUUUUUACACAGAGUGAUAAGCGCCUGGAACACCAUACCAGAGAUGGUGGUAGAAAUAGAUACAAUGGUGGAAUUUAAUGGACAUUUCAACAGACCCAUGAACGUAAAGGGAAUAACGAAUAUAGAUCAUAUGUAGACAGAUGGACUUAGUUUCGUUUGGCUUCAUGGUCAACACAUGGGCCAAACUGCUUGUUCCUGUGCUGUACUGUUCUAUGUUGAAUACAUUUAUGAUGUCCCUUUCAGUCUCAAGCAGUCCCAAGACACUUUACUGCUAAUUAAGUUCUUCUGUGUCAUUGUGUGCAAAGAAUGUGACAGCCAAUUACACAUAUUCAUAGUUGUUGACCAGAGGUUACAGAAUAUUUGUCAAAAGACCGGUGGGAAGAUGAAUACAAAUGUUGUGAAUUAUUAUGAUCUGUAAAGAACUGCCUGAAAAGGAUGUCAUUCAAAAGGGAAUUAGGAUGUAUAUUUGGAAGUGUAUAUUUGCAGGGCUGCAAGGCAAGGAUAAAUGAGAGGAGUGAUUUUUGAGCUCUUUCAGAACAUUAGCACAAGAAUGAUGAGCCAAAGACAUCCAUCUUGUGCUACACAAUUUCACAAACCAGUCUCCUACUUCUGGCAAAUUGUUGUGACUAGACUGUAAACUUGUGGGGGAAUCUUAAAUAAAUAAAACUUCAGACUGAAUAGGUACUUUAAAUUCUAUAAAUAAUGACAAAAAUUUGUGUUCUUUCAACACAAAAUUGUACAGUGUGAUUCUUGAAAAUGACACAUGUAUCCAACAAGAUGCCAGUUUGAAUGAGAAUUACUUAUUGUAAGUUUGGGUGGGCAUAGAUAAAACUCGUUUGAGAUGAGUGGUAGUAUUGCUCCUCAAAGAAGUUUGUUAGAUAUGGAGUGCUUUUUUUCAGUUCUAUAAUGGGUAAAGAUUAUCUUCCCUCUCUUCUCUCCACUUUGGUUCCAUUUCUUUACCUAACAGAGUGUCUAUCAACUUAAAAUGUGAAACAGUUUUUUUUUUAGGACAAAAUUCCAGUUGUCUACAAAGCUUUUUGUGAGAUACAUCCUGAAUUCCAGUGUUAGGAUGUUCUUCAUGUUCUGAGAUGCCCCAUCAGAGGAAGUAUUUCUCACGACCUACUCAUACACUCUUUGAAAUCUUAAAUCAAUCAAAUAACCUUUGGUCUUCUGCAUUCAGAUAAUACAAACCUCAACUUGACAAUUUGUUCUCAUGCUUGAACAGUCUUGAGCCCAGGAUAAUUCUGAGCUAUCUGCACUGCAGCUCUUCAAGAUCAAUAACUAAUCCUAUCCAAGAAUCUAGAUCUGAAUGGAUUUAUUUGGUGUUUUUCACUUAAGAUAUUUUGAAGUGUUUCACAGUUAGUAAAGUAUGUUUGAAGUAACCACCGAGAAGUUUAUGUGUGCAGAUGGCAGUAGCAGGGAGGAGAAAAUAUAAAAGGAUCAUAGAGUCAAACAUCACAGCAUCAAGCCCUUCAACCUAACUGGUCCAUGCCUACCAAGCAUCCAAGCAUUCUAAAGAUCUUCCCAACUGAUCUCCUAACAUCAUCUUUUUGAAGGAGGCAAUAGAAUCUGGGAUAAAAUAAUGUUCAGGAUUCCCACAAUCUGCUCCAGUAUAAUGUGUUCACAAAAGCACUGUGCCAUGGUCUGUAGUUCAUUUGCAAAGCAUUGUAUUUAAACAACGUACAUAUUGAAUAUUUUGUGACAUUACUGCCAAGUAGUACAGCAAAUAGCUCUCCCGUCCAACCAGCAUCACACAUGGAUAUAAAGAGAAUGUAUCAGUGCAUAUGCUGCACUGCUCUCUCUUUAUAUGUGUGGCUCAAUGUACACGUUGAACAUCAGCUAUAAAUCUAGUCUAGUAAUCAGUUUAUGGAGACGUCUUGAUUUUACAUUUUUCAUAUCAAAUCAAUACUUCUAUGGUUUUCUUCUGGAAAUGAACUUCAACGAGGUUCAGCUUCUUUGUCAAGCUCAGAUUUCCUGUCCCAAAUUUUGCACUGGAACCUUGAUGGAUUGAUAAACCGUGCAGAUUUGGUUCAUCUGGAGCAAAGGCAAUUUGAUCUAUUGUACACUUUAGAUUUUGUACCCAAUAUAAGCCAAGUACCUGUAGCACAAACUUCAGCUGUAAUUGCUAACUUCCAAGCUUGAUGAUACCAUAAUCCAUAAGAGCAGAAUUAGGUCAUUCAGCCCAUCGAGUCUGCUCCGCUAUUCCAUCAUGGCUGAUUAAUUAUCCCUCUCUCAACCCCAUUCUCUUACCUUUACCUAUAACCUUUGACACCCUGACUAACCAAGAACGUAUCAGCCUCCGCUUAAAAUAUGCCCAAUGGCUUAGUCUACACAGCCGUCUGUAGCAAUUAAUUCCAUUGAUUCACUGCCAUCUGGCUGAAAAAAUAUUUGUCAUCUUUCGCCUCUGUUCUAAAUGGCCUUCCCUCUAUCCUGAGGCUGUGCUCUGUGGUCCUAGACUCCCCCACUAAAGGAAGCAUCCCCUCCAGAUCAAUCCUAUCUGCAACUUUCAGUAUUCAAUGAGAUCCCACCUUAUUCUGCUAAAUUCCAGUGAGUACAGGCCCAGAGCCAUCAAACAUUUUCACUCCUGGAGUCAUUCUCAUGAAGCGUCUCCUCUCCAAAGCCAGCAAAUAUUUUCUUAGACAAGAGGCCAAAGCCUGCUCAAAAUAUUCUGUGUGGUAUGACCACUGCAUUUUAAAGUCUCAGCAUUACUUCCUUGCUAUUCUUGAAAUUAGUGCUUUCAUUGUAUUUGCCUUCAUUAACACUGACUCAAGCUGCAAGUUAACCGUUGGGGAAUCCUGCAAGAGGACUCCCAAGUGCCUUUGCACCUCAAAUUUUUGAAUUUUCUCCCUGCUUAGAAAAUAGUCUGUGCCUUUAUUUUUUUUUUACCAAAGUGCAUGAUCAUACUAUAGUCCAUGUGUCAUGUCAUUGCUUAUUCUCUCAAUCUGUCCGUGUCCUUCUACAGACUCCCUGCAUCCUCAACACUAACUGCCUCUCCACCUAUCUUCAUAUCAUCCCCAAACUUGGCAACAAAGUCAUCAAUUCAGUCAUCCAAAUCAUUCACAUAUAACAUGAAGAGGAACAGUUUCAACAUCGAACCCUGCGAAGCACCUCUAAUCACCAACAGCCAAUGAGAAAAGGCCCCCUUUAUUCCCAUUCUUUGCCUCCUGCCAGUCGGCCAAUCUUCUCCAUGCUAGUUUUUCCUGUAAUACCACGGGCUGUUAUCUUGUUAAGUAACCUCAUAUAUGGCACCUCGUCAAAGGUCUUCUGAAAAUCCAAGUAAACAACAUCUACUGACUCCACUUUGUCUGUCAUGUUUGUAUUUUCUUAAAGUGUUCCAACAGUUUCCUUUAAGGAAACCAUGCUGACUUUGGCCUAUUUCAUCAUGUGCUUCAAAUACCCUGAAACCUCAUCCUUAAUAAUGGACUCCAACAUCUUCCCAACCACUAAAGUCAGGCUAACUGGCCUAUACUGUCCUUUCUUUUGCCUUCCUCCCUUCUUAAAGAGUGGAGUAACAUUUGCAAUUUUCCAGUCAUCCAGAACCAUUUCAGGAUCUAGUGAUUCCUGAAAGAUAAUUACAGAUGCCUUCACAAUCUCUUAGGCUACUUAUUUCAGAACACUGUGGUGUAGUCCAUCCGGUCCAGCUGACUUAUGUACCUUCAGACAUUUCAGCUUCCCAAGCACUUUCUCCUUUAGUAAUAGCAGCCAUACUCACUUCUGCCCUGACACCCUAAAUUUUUUGGCAUCCUGGUAGUGUCUUCCACAGUGAAGAAUGACGCAAAAUACUUAAGUUCAUCUGCCAUUUCUUUUGCCCGAUUACUAUCUCUCCGGCAUCAUUUUCCAGUGAUCUGCUAUCCACUCUCUUUUACUCAUUAUAUAUUUGAAAAAAAAUUUUAGUAUCCUCUUUGGUAUUAUUGGCUAGCUUACCCUCAUAUUUCAUCAUUUUCUUGCUUUAUGGCUUUUUUGUUGGCUCCUAUUGGUUUUUGAAAGCUUACCAAUCUCUAGCAUCUCACUAAUCUUUGCUAUAUUAUAUGCCUUUUUUUUUUGCUUGUAUACUAUCUGAAUUGACUUUAUUGACUGAAUUACUAUCUUUGACUUUCCUUUAGAAUACUACUUCAUCUUUGGUGUGUACCUAUCUAUCCUGCGCCUUUAGAAUUCCUUCCAGAAGUUCCAGCAAUUGCUAUUCUGCUGUCAUCCCUACCAGUGUUCCCUUCCAAUCCACUUAGGCCAGCUCCCCUCUCCUGCUUGUGUAAUUCUCUUUACUCCACUGUAAUAAUGAUACAUCUGACUUUAAUUCUCCCUCUCAAACUGUAGGAUGAAUUCUAUCAUAUUACGAUCACUGUCUCGUAAAAGGGCUUCUUUGCCUUUAGCUCCCUUAUCAAAUCUGGUUCAUUACACAACACCCAAUCUUGAAUUGCCUUUCGCUUAGUGUGCUCAAUCACGAGCUGCUCUAAAAAGCUAUCUUGUAGGUAUUCUAAAAAUUCUGUCUCGUGGGAUCCAGCACCAACCUGAUUUACCCAAUCUACCUGCAUACUGAAAUCAUAACAUUACCCUUUUUACAUGCCUUUUCUAUCUCCUGUUGUAAUUUACAUCCCACAUCCUGGCUACCAUUUGGAGAUCUGUAUAUAACUCCCAUCUGGGUCUUUUUAUCCUUGCAAUUUCUUAACUACCCACAAGGAUUCUAAUCCUCCAAUUCUCUGUCACCUCUUUCUCAGGAUUUGAUUUCAUUUUCUACCAGUAGAGCCACCCCACCCCCUCUGCCACCUGCCUGUCCUUCCAAUGCAAUGCAUAUCCUUGGAUGCUAAGCCUCCAACUGUGAUCCACUGUCAGCCACAACUCAGUGACGCCCACAAUGUUAUACCUGCUAACAGAUAUAACAACUACAAGAUAAUCUGUUUUAUUCCAUAUACUGCAUGCAUUAAAAUGUAGCACCUUCAGUCCUGUAUUCAUUACCCUUUUCUAUCUUGCCCCCUUCAACUCAUCCCACAGAUUGCAACUUGCUCUAUUGUUGGGCUGUUUUUCCUCACAGUCUCACUAUAUCUAUUUGUAUAGCAGCUGCCCAUCCUCAGCCCUAUCACUCUGAUUCCCAUCCCCCUGCCAAAUCAGAUACAUGGCCUAAAAGCACAAAUGUGCUUUCAAAUGAUAUAAUGAAAUUUGUGAUCUGUAUGAUUCUUAUCAACUCAGGAAGCUAAAUUUGCUUGAGCAAAUCUUCAUUAAGAAAUCUGCAUUUACUGUAUGUAUCCUUGUUGGUGUGCAAGGCUGUACUGCAACAAGAAUGGGCCCAGGAGAGUCCAAAAUUCUCUGAAAUAUAUUCCUUCACCACUUUGUUUAGUAAGAGCUUCUUGAAAGCUCCUCUUGAGCCAGAUGUGUGAAGAGAUGAGAGAGUGUUUGAUAAUAUUCUGCUUUAGAAAAUUUGGAAAUUUUUGAUCAAAACGAAGCAGCGUUGUCCAAAUCAAAAAUUUCAUGCAGAUGCAUGUUGCUUUCAGUUGUGGUUCAUGAAUGUUCCAGUUUGAGGAAACUGGUUCAAUUUUGCAGAAUAGCUUGCAUGCAUUUCUGAAAAAGGUCAAGUAGGCUUGUUCUGAAACUUUGACAAAACAGCUUUUGAUAGAUAGUGAUUCAAGCUCGCUGUUCAAUGUGGCCAUGAAUUAGGCAAUGUCUGCUGAGUUGCUUUCCUCCUGACUGUACAGCUUGAAAUUAGCCAAAAAUAUUUUAAAGUAGCAAUUAUUGCCACAGUUCCCACCCCUGCUUCCACAUGACAUCUCAGAACAACAAUUGUAAAAUGGUUUUACAUAGAACAUAGAAAUUUACAGCUCAUUACAGACCCUUCGGCUCACAAUGUUGUGCCGGCCAUGUAACCAAUUCUAGAGACUGCCAAGAAUUUCCCUAGCACACAGCUCCAUGUACCUAUCCAAGAGGUUCUUAAAAGACCCUGUUGUAUCCACUUCCACCACCGCCACUGGCAGUGCAUUCCACGCACGCACUACUCUCUGUGUGAGAAUCUUACCCCUGACAUCCCAUCGAUACCUGUUUCCAAGCACCUUAAAACUAUGCCCCCUCAUGUUCACCAUUUCAGCCCUGGGAAAAAGCCUCUGGCUAUCCACACGAUCAAUGCCCCUCAUCAUCUUAUACACCUCUAUGAGGUCACCUCUCAUUUUCCAUCGCUCCAAGGAGAAAAGGACAAGUAUACUAAACCUAUUCUUAUAAGGUACGCACUCCAAUCCAGGGAACAGUCUUGUAAAUCUCCUCUGCUCUCUCCAACACACCAUACACCUUCUUAACAAUGCUGUCAACCUGCACAGCAGCUUUGAGUGUCCUAUUGACAUGGACCCCAAGAUCUUGUAGAUCCUCCACACUGCCAAGAGUCUUGCCAUUUAUAUUGUAUUCUGAGUUCAUUGUUUUAGUUCCUUGUUUGUGCACCGUGCAAUUUCUGCUCAUACUUUCAGUGUCUGUCUGUAAGUCUGUGAUUUGCAAUACAUUUGCUAAUAAGUGUUUAUCAACUGCAUUUAACAUCGAUCCCAUGGUCAUUUGUUCUAUCAGCUACUGCAGUGUUUUGCAUGGAGUAUUCAGUCAUGUAGUCAUAUUGCAGUGGAACAGUUGCCCAUUUUGAUGCUGCUAACAUGGGCUUCACUGAUCUGGGAUCUAAGUUUGUGGACCAAGUGCUGGUAAGUGGGAUUAAUACAGAUGGGUACUUGAUGGACAGAAUAGAUAGAGUAGCCAAAGACGUGCUUCUGCACUCUGUGGCUAAAGCUGCCAGAACUGACUCUCAAUCUGCUACUAAGAUAAAACAGCUGCCUUUUAAAAAUAUUGCUGGAAAUUGGAUUUCAAAAAUUUUUCCAAGCGUUACUCAUUUGCACUGUCAGCAAUCGCACAAAAAGCAAAAGUGACGAGUCUUUCUCAUUAUCGUCCAUUACAUGACUUCUUACUGUACUGACACCGUUACAUGCCAACUUGUGCAAAGUGCAAUGAAGACAGAGAACUCCACCUGUAAUCUUUGUUAAAUUUACUGGUUGCAAAAUGCUCCUACCAAAUAUUGGAAGGCUGUCUUAGAGUGGACGUGGAGAGAAUGUUCCAGAAGUGGGAGAGUCUAGGACCAAGGGGCACAGCCUCAGAAUAGAAGGACAUCCAUUUAGAACAGGAAUGAAGUGGAAUUUCUUCAGCCAGAAGGUGGUGAAUCUGUGAAAUUCAUUGCUGAUACAGGUGGGAAGACCAAGACAUUGAGUAUAUUUCAAAUGAAAGUUGAUAGGUUCUUGAUUAGUAAGGGCGUCAAAGUUUACAGGGAGAAGGCAGGCGAAUGGGGUUCAGACAAUAAAUCACCAGAAAAAAAUGUCAGAGCAGACUCAAUGGGCCAAAUGGCCUAGUUUUGCUGCUAUGACUUUUGCCCCUAACAGUCAGUUAAGCUGUCUCACCACUUCACUGAAGUAGUUUUUAUUGUGAC